AUGAAAUUUAAUAAAAAGUAAAAGGAAAUGCAAGAAUCAUACUAGAUCGCUCAUAAGCCAUUAGAAGAAUAAGAUAAUGAUAUUUAAGAAUAAAAAAUAGUAGAUUUAUCUUUUAAGCCAGAAGUUGUGGAGGAUAAGAAGUUAGAGCUGAAAUAGAAGCUCAUUUAAGAAUAAAUCCCUGUCUAAUUUGUAAUCCAUGAACAUAAGUAAAAUGGUGGAGUUAAAGAAAGUUAAUAAUAAAAAGGAGCUAACUCGUACUACAAACAUAACUAUUAAAUUUAGCAAUCAACUGAUGACCUGGAGAAAUAGUAAAACCCUUCACCUUAGGAGGAGCAUGCAGAUCAAAAGCAUGAUUAAAAUUAGGGUAAUGUAGAAGAAAAAGGUAGACAUCAUGGCCAUAAAUUGCAAAAGCCUAAGUUAUACGCUUACAGAUGGGUCAUAUUAGUAUUGUAUUUACUGGGAGAUUUGGGUCCAUCAAUGAUGGUGACUACAACUACUCCAAAUGCCAAUUAGCUUUCUAAAAUUUACGAUUUACUGCCCAUUGAAGCUAACUUAGGAAGCUUAGUUAUCCUUAUAUUUACACCAAUAGGGACUAUAUUUUCAAGUAAAUUUCUAGAUUAAAAGGGUCUAAGCGUAUCUAUUAGAGUGGGUAUUUUUGUCUGUGCAAUUGGUGCUUGGAUGCGUUGCCUAGUAAAUUAUUCAUAUUACUUUGUGGUAGCAGGAAAUAUACUGACUGGUUUAGGGUCUCCUUUUAUAUUUAACGGGAAGACAUAGGUUGCUUCUAAUUGGUUCAGUCAUGAGCAAGGCCCCGGUGUGACAAGUUUUAUCACUUUUUGGACAAACUUAAAUGGAAUAGCUGGCAUGAUGUUUGCAGGAAAUUUCAUGGGAAGCUAUCGUUAUGAUGCUUCAAAUGAAGAAGAAGGCAAAACUCUUGUAUUUGAAUUGAUGCUUUUGAUUGCCAUAGUAGUUACUAGCAUCGGAGUAUUAUUGUGGAUAUUUUUCAGAUAACACCCUCCCACUCCUCCCAGUUUCACUGCUUAAAUCGAAAGAGAAUAGAAUUUUAAAGAAUCAGUUGUACACUUAAUUAAAAAUAGAAACUAUGUAUUCAUAGUAAUCUAGCAAGGUUUAAUCUUAGGAAGCAUCAACGGAAUGUCUACCUCAAUAAGUUAUUUUAUUAGUCCAUACGGAUUUGACAGCGCUGAUUCUACAUUCAUGCUUGCAGCUAUUCCUAUUGGUGGAGUUUUUGGUAUCAUUAUUGGUAGCUACUUCCUCAACAAAUACAAAAAAUAUAAAUAUUAAAUGGGUAUCUAUAUGAUUGGAGGUACUGGAUGUAUGUUCUUAUUCCAGUUGGUUUUAUACACUAAGUCUAUAUUUUUAGCAGUUGGAUCAGCUGCAAUUGUGGGUCUCUUUUUUGUUCCUUUGAUUCCUGCUUUUCUAGAAUUCGCAUGUGAAAGUGUUUUCCCUAUUGGUGAAGGUAGUGCUGUUGGAUUCCUUUCUAGUGUUAAUGGUAUUUUCUCAUUGAUUUAUGGAUCUGUUUUAAGCUUUAUUGUGAAAGGAUAAUCUCAAACAGAAUCCUUCUUGGGAACUAUAAUACUACUUUCCUCAUUUGGCUUAGCUUUCUUAUUACUUUUCUUGACAAAAGAAAGACUUAGAAGAGAUGAAGUUGAAAAAAUAAGUUGCUAAAAAUUCUAAGAAGGUAAAGAGGUUGAUAUAUCUGAUUUUCACUUUGAUGAUGAUAAUGGCAAUUCCGCUUAAGUAAGUAGCGUUUAAUUUAAUGCAAAUGAAAUAGAAAAGCAAGAAAGACUCGAAUAACCACUAUAAGUAAAAUAAGAAAGCAAUUAAGUUGAAAUAGAAAUAGCAACAAUUAGUUAAAAUCACAAUAAUAAUAAUAACAAUAUCAAUGACGCUAAUCACAACAACAAUAACAAUAAUAAUAAUUUUAAUAGCCAUAGCAGCAAUAACAAUAGUACAAACAGUAAUAAUAACACCAAAAACCAUCAUAUUGUAAAUGCAAAAGCUAAUGGUGAUAGUGCCUCAGAAUAAGAAUCUGCAUUUAGUUCUUCUAGUACAACUGAUUUUAGUUCGACAGAUAGUUAGUAAUAUAAAUAAAAUGGAGACUCUAACAAAUAAGUUGCAAACGAAAAAUAAUUUUUAUCUGAUUCUUUAUCUCCUUCAGCAAAUCACCAAGAUUAACUUAGUGAAAACUCUUAAAAUUAAAAUGAAAGUAAUAACAAGAAAGCAAAUAAAAGAUCUUAAAAAGACAAUCAUAAAAAUGGAGAGUCAUCUAAUAAUGUUUCUUCUUCUUCUUCUUCCAAAUAACACUCUGUUAAUAAUGGUUCUUCAUAUGAAGAAAUCGAAGAAUCUGAAGAAGAGUAAGAAGACUCUUAAAAUAAGAAUUCUGUAAUGGAAAAAGGAUUAGGAUUAAAAAAACAUUUAAUAAAUGAAAAAGAUUUUGAGAGCUAUACCAAAAAAAACAAACAUAAUAUGAAAAAUGGGCAUAACAAUUGA